AUGAGAGUUCUUCUCGGUGCAGCAUUGAAUCCCACGGCACCAUCGUCAGAAGAUGAAGAAACUAGCCUUUCUCAUACCGAACGGCCCGGGCAAGUGGACGCAUCAAACACUUCCGGGGCCACCCAAUCGACAGGUGCGCCUGAAAAGACACCUACGGCAAGUCAAGACACAGAAGCCAAACCGCCAACAGCUUCGGAGGACGCGGUAUCAUCAUAUGCCAGUGUAUUUGAAGAGCUUGCAGGGGCAUCAAGCCUCCCAGAUGUCUCGUCCACUGGCGCAGGAUCUGCAACUACAGGUCCGGUGACAGAGAACGAACGAAGCCUGGAGUCUACACUCGCAGCCUCAUCUGUUCCGUCGUCCAUUACCGGUACGACCGAACUAGAAACUGCGCCAUCGUCAACAUUGCCACAGACAGGCGCAUCCCAUGAUAACGAAACAGAGGAACCGAGCGGUGCCUCGUCCAAUGAAGAACGCACCACUUUGCCCGAAGAUCAUUCAACCCAGGUACACUCAGCAGGAACUGAAGAAGUCCCGACUACAUCCUUAACAGCAAUUGCAGCAACAACGACGACUGCAUCACAGGCACAGAAACCCACUGGAUCGACUACAGAUUCGAGAAGCACUGAUACCAGCAAAGAUACCUCAGCAGAAACGCAAUUUGCAAACACGGAUACAGCGUCCGACCGGGCCGUUUCGUCCACACAUACGAUCUCAACGACGACCAGUGCCGUCGCUCCAUCCAGCGAUGAUUCAACGAAGCAAGUUAGUACGGGAGCCAAGAGCUCUCGGGAAGAGAUAAAAACCACAUUCACAACUUCCACUUCCACUGUGGAUGAAGAAGCCACUAGUACGGUAAGCCCGUCCGUUGGGGAUUCGAUGCUCUCGACAGAGUGCUUCGACGGUGGAAAGCCGUUUGGCCUUGGAUAUUUGUUUGGCUUCGGACGCUCAAUCGCUUUUGGAAAUUUGUUUCCCCCCGACCCACGGUAUGAUGACAUGAUACAGGACAUGACGAAGCACUUCUGUGGCAAGUCAUCUAUUGAUAACAGAAUGAAAGCGGGUGACGAAUGCAUCCAAGACUUUUGGCAAGAUCGUACUUCCCAAGUUGGCUACCUAUUCGAAAUCUGUCCAAGGAAUAAUUGCCCAUACUACGGUCAACAUAUGGGCCAUCCGCUCGGACAGGAAGGCCUCUCUUGCACAGACAUCUUUAUGGAAAGGAUUUGGCGCUUUUGCAGCAAGAGGGAUGGGGGGGUAUGGGUUACUGGGUGCCUCGAAUACAAACUGAAAAUUGGUUAA